AUGCGGCCGUACUUCCUCAAAAAUGAAGCCAGGAAAAGACCUCUUUCUGACGAGGAAACUACUACCGUUGGGCCUUUGGUACGCUUUUUUUUUUCGAAAAUGGGAUAAACAAUAACAAUUAAAACUUUUUUUACCCAUCUGUUUGGAAAAACGUUCACAAAAAUAAAUUUCAUUGAAAGCUUUUUUCAGAAGAUCAAAUUUAGGAAAAAACAUAGUUUGCUGGUUACUUUUUAAUAUGAUUACGUUCUUUUUAAGUGCCUUAAAAUUGCUACAAACUUCAACAUUGAAAGUGACUCUAUAAAAUUUUUGCAGCUAAAGGUCAAAAACAGAUGAAAUGUUUCCGCGUAAAAUUUUUGGAGAAGUUUGAAUCACGACAAAUUUUUGAUUUUCUGAAAGUUUUCUGAAUAUCUGCACUCGGACUUUGGUAAUAAAAAACUGCGAGCGUUUAUAGAAAUCCCUUCAAAGAGCUGACGCUACUUAAGGGGUCACUCUGGCUUGUGCGCUCUAUCGCACACCUUUCCCGCGCAGGACUCAUUUUUUGGCCACAACUCUCUUUACAUCAAAAUUGUUUUUUGGUGAUUUUUUGGGUGGCUCUUUAGUUUUUUGAUUGUGAUCAAAGUGUUCACUGGUGUUCAUCGAAAAGUAAACCUUAUAUAACCAAGCGAAAAUAUUUUUAACUUACUUAAGGUGUUUAAUGAAUAUAAUAGGUUUUUUUAUUUGGUUGCACAAUAAAUUUGGAAAUUGCUAGGUUUUUACAACUUCCAAUGUUUUUAUAAUAAGUGAAAAAUCAGAAUAUCACAAAAACUUAAUUUUUUUUUUGACGGGGGAUAAAAAUAUUCUGUUUUGUUUUCUCUUUUUUCUUUCAAAAUUUGUGCAAUUGAAGGAAAUAAACUCGGAGCCCGAUAUGUGUGAAACAGAAGAGCCCGCGGAAGUCCUGCCGGUCAAUGAGACCGAACGAAACGAAACAAAUUUGGUUUCUCCUCUCGCCAAAAGACCCAAGCCGGAUAUUAAUGAGAAGCAGAAAAACGCGGUGAGUGGAAAUUCUGUUAUUGUAAAGACAUCAUCCUUUCAGACCGUUUCGUUUGGGAACGGGUUCAUAAAUGAUGCAACUGACCCAAGUAAAUGGAGAGAGGCUCAACAGAUACAAAAAGAUCACGUUAGUGACCUUUUUUGUUGAUAUAAUCUACUUUUUUUCUUAGGAAUUCGCACUCUCGGUGAGUGUUAAUUGGAACGCUGAAAACAGAACUAUUGCGAGAGUUCGUCGAUCAGGAAACAUGUCCAACUUUCAAAGAGCUAGACUCGAUGUUGUCGAGGUUUAGUUUUACCAUUCUUACCUGUAUCUGAAGUUGUAAACUUUCAGGUUUCUUCCGUAUCAGAAAGUCGGACUCAUUCCGUUGUGACAAAUGAAGAUAUGGCCAAGAUCAAAAGUGAUCUGAUGGUAUACAGCUUAUUUUCGAAUUUCCAGUCUCUUAAUGUCCGAUUUUCAGAUUCCGUCUCUGGCAACGGAACAUCAAGAAGAGUCCCAAAACGAAGCUUCUCUCGGUGCUGACUCAGAAACGGCCUUGGAUUUGUCGGUCGGCAACGUCGACGGAAACACGACACUGACUGAGAGAAGCCCCAAUGAAGACGGGACUUUUUACGAAAUGGUCGACCAGGAAAUCGUGGCCGAUUCUCUUGAGCCAAUGAACGUGAUUCCAAUGGAAAACGUCGUCAGUGAAAUGCCAGAUGAUCCUCAGCCAGCUGCAGAGCUCGAUGAGGACCAAAUGGAUCCUACUACUCGGCAAAUAUUAAGCGAUGAGGUAGUACUUUCACGAAUUAAAUUUCUAUGAUGACGAUUACAGGUUUUGGCUCGUCAACUGCAGGCGCAAAUCAACGGCAAGUAUAGAGGAGCCGACUUCCACGGGGCGCCAGUUGAGCAAUUCGCUGAGAUAAAUAUCCAGCCUUCAGGAUAUUUUGAUGAGGUACCUUUUCUUGUCUUCUGUUGAACAUUUGAGUUCAAGUAAACAUUAUUUCAGGAACUCGCCAUUAAGAUUAAUAACGAGGUGAACAGCAAUGGUCGGAAGCCUCUACUCAGUAGACCAGUUGCAACGGUGAAAUCAAUUUUUAAAUGUUUCAAUCUCAUUUUUUUUUUCAGUAUCCCGAUGUCAACUCAACUUUGAGAAUUGUGACAAAGUUCAAUACGGAGGAUAAUGAUUUUUCUGAAAAUGACCUGACAACCGCGGAAUACGAGGGAAAAGGCUACGAUUCGGACAUGAGCCAGAGUUACACGCCAGGAAACAGCCAGAGUGUCACUCCUGUGAUGAGCCCAAGAAGCGAGGAGUCAACCUACGUGAACGGCUGCCUCUACUCUGAAAACCAGAGUGCCUUCACUCCGUUUGAAAAAUCUGAAGUGACCAAAGCAAACGACGGUAAGUAAUAUUCAUCUUUCGCUCAUAAGAAAAAAAUUGAAAUCAAUUUCUCAUUUGAACUUUUCAGAAGACUCACAAAACGUUUCAUCAACUACUACAACUCUAAUGGAUGGUGAACAAAUUUUCAGAGAAAAAAAGCAUCCUAGACAAAAUUUGGUUAGUGGUUUUACAAGAAACUGAGCUAAUGCUUUUUUUUUUAGCUCGAUUCGGCUUUUUCUGACCCUUCUAAUGAGGAGUAUGUGCCUACCUGCGUGACGAAAACUCCUGAGGAACUUGAAAAGGCCAUCUCCCUUUACAAUUCAAAUGCGUCGAGGUCCAGAAACUUGGUGAGCGAUUAGUGGUAAAUUGCUGUAAGUAUUCUCGUUUUCAGGCCAUUUCUGCUGAUAGCCUUGCGGUCAAUCCGAAGGCUGAGCGUCAAAGCAGAGCCAGGUUCCGAGACGGCGAACACUCGCGCCGUUACGAUUCUACUAAGCUGUCGAAAAAGGCAGCUCAUAAGACGUGUGCAGCCGGAGAACGUGACAACGUUAACCACGGCUCUUACAACUUCAACAAUGAGAACACGAUUCCCAGCGAGCCGAUGGACAUCCAGCAGGACGAAAAUCAACGGCCCCCGUCUAGAAAUACAGGUAGAGAGCACAGGGAUCGAAAAAAAGGCAAAAAGAGAAAUCUUCAAAAUGAAACUCUAAACUCAAUAGAAAAAAAUUAGUGGAAUACAUAUGGAUUUUUAUCAAUUUAGAAUUUCUAAAAAUUGAAAGAUUUUGCCCUUACUCUUAGUUUAAAUGAAAAAAGGUCUCUCAAACUAAAUUUGGUACGAUCAGUUCAAAUAGUAAUAACAUCUCACUAGCGGCCAUGAAAAUUAUGAAGUAUACCGGCAAUUUUCAGCUCCAGAUAUCAUGAUGGAAAUCGACGACGACAUGGACGAUGCCGCAGUCGACCGUUACGCGCCCGACGGAAUCUUGCGUCUGGACAUCGACGGUUUCUCCGAGUUCCUGAACGCCCCGCCGGAGAACUGCCAGCGACUUUCGAAGCCACAAUACGUCCGCGGACUGCCUUGGAAGAUCUUGGCGAUGCCCAGGUUCUUUACCGUCCCUUCUCCGCCAAUGCAAGCGAAACUCGACUUGUAAUUUGCAACUAUAUUUUUUCUAGAGCUCUCCAAAACGCGCGCAACACCUUCCCGAAGCAAGAAAAGGCUCUCGGGUUCUUCCUGCAGUGCAACGGCGACGCCGACACCAACAACUGGAGCUGUGUUGCUAAUGCUACGCUUCGGGUACUCACUUUCUUAGAAAUUACUUUGUUUCUUAAUUUGAAGUCAGAAAACUCAUAGUUAUGUCUAUUUCCUAUUAGUAAAGUGUCGCUUCAAAAGGUCCUCUUCUGAGGAACAACUCUGUUUCGGUAUCACAUGGGUUAGUAGAUCUAAAUUAGAUGUCCAAUUAUUCCUAUCCAGGCCGAUAAGACCCCAAAUAUUCAACUCGAUCUGCAUUAAAGAAUUCUUGUGUUCCUCUAAAAAAUCUAUGAUUUUGCUUUCAGGUCAUCAAUCAGCACGGCGGCGAAGACCAUGUCCGCAAAAUCACCCAUCCAUUCAACUAUAAAGAGAAUGACUGGGGAUACUCGUCCUUCUUGACAUUUGCGGUGAUUUAUAUCCAAUCCUCUCUGAAAUGAUUCCCUGAUUUCAGCAACUUUCAAACCCUGACUUGGGUUACAUCAAGGACGACACAAUCAAACUCGAGAUCCACGUUUCGGCCGAUGCUCCUCAUGGAGUUCAAUGGGACAGCAAGAAGCACGCGGGAUUUAUUGGUCUGAAGAACCAGGGAGCGACUUGCUACAUGAAUUCGAUUCUCCAAGCUUUAUAUUUCACCGCAGCUCUUCGCAAAGUUCGUUGACAUCAAAGAGAAUAACUUCAGUUUCACCUUGAUGCGUUUAGGCGGUAUUCGAGAUGCCGGUGACUGACGAACCCAUUGAUCAGAACGUGGGACUUGCAAUGCAACGGGUCUUUUAUGAAUUAUUGGUUAGUUGGGAAAAAGAUUUUCCUCUCUAUUGAUACGUCUUUUUCAGCACUCUGACAGGCCAGUUGGUACCAAAAAACUGACGAAAUCUUUUGGAUGGGAUACUGUGGAGACUUUCAUGCAGCACGAUGUGCAGGAACUUUGCCGAGUGCUGCUUGACAACCUGGAAAGCAAAAUGAAGGGAACUUCGGUUGGUGAAGAGAAAAUCAAGAUCAAUUAACUAUCAAAAAUUAAUGAUAAUUUCAAACAGAAAAGACUUUUGAAGAUUUUUGAAAAAAUAUGAAACAGUGAAUAGAAAGAUUUUAUUCAAAUAAAAGAGUAGGGGAUUUCGGGUUUUAUUCAAGUUUUCUCAGGUUGAAAACGUGAUCCCAAAGCUCAUCGGUGGAAAGAUGCGCACCAUCAUUCGUUGCUUGAAUGUUCUCUACGAGAGCGGGAGAACCGAAGCCUUCUACGAUCUCCAAUUGAACAUCAAGGGCAAGAAAACAAGUGAGUGUGAACCAAGAGGGCAAAUCUUUGAACAAGAUCAAAAAUCUAACGACAGUUCAACUUUUCGGGAACCAUCUCCAAGCUGAAAACAUCCUCAAAAUUUGCCGUUCAGUUCCUAUAAACAUUUAAACCAAUAAAUACUUGCAGUCUACGACUCCCUGAGGGACUACACUGCCGUGGAGCGCCUUGACGGUGACAACAAGUAUGACGCUGGCGAGCACGGACUGCAGCCCGCGGAGAAAUACACGAAGUUCGCGGAACUUCCUCCAGUACUCCACUUCCAGCUCAUGCGCUUCCAGUACGAAGGAACAGAGCAGAAGAUAAAUGACAGGUAAAUCACAAAGCUUGUUAACUUUCCUAUUAGGAAAUGUUCCAGAUUCGAAUACCCGGAAGAACUGGACCUCACCGAAUUUUCGGAUGGCAUUCAUCCUGACGAGUGCGUCUACAACUUGCAAUCAGUCCUGGUUCAUUCUGGAGAUUUCCACGGAGGACACUAUGUCGUCUUCAUCAACACGAACCUCCACAACUCGGCAAUUAAUGGAGCGCGCCCCAAGGUUUGCUGAAAAAAAUAUAUUAAUAAAAAAAAAUUCGAAAAAUAUAGUUUAUAAAUUUUUCAAAAUUGAUUUUCGAACUAAGAAAACAGUUUUUUCAAAAAAAAAAAAAGAUAUUCAGUGGUGCAAAUUUGACGACGACGUUGUGUCGAGAGCAAGUGUUCGUGAAGCGGUCAUGGCCAACUACGGUGGCGAAGAUAACGAUGCUCCUGGCCGUGCUUUCACCAACGCCUAUAUGCUCGUUUACGUCAAGAAGCUUGCGAUCGGUAGGGAGUUACAAUGGAAAACAGAGAUGAACACCCGGAGAUUAAAAAAGACAAGAUCAAAAAACAAGAUUUUUCAGUUUUUCGCACAGUAAUCAGGUUUACGCAAUCUUGAGAGUAGAUUCCGAAUGAAAGAAUAUUUGUAAGAGUUUUUGAAGCUCUCACACAAUUCAUAAAUCGGCUCAUGACGAAGGUCAGGUUGUAAGAUAUGAAAUUUCCAAGAGGUUUCAAGUUUUCGAAAAUUAAAUGUCAAAAAAAGUUGUGAAGCAUCAACUUCAAGAAAAGUCAAUAACAAAAAAAGCUUUCAAGCUAUGUAUAUGGGAACUGAACCCUUUAAUAAUUUCAGCCGAAGUCGUUCCUCUCCCCAGUAAAGAUGAGAUCCCGCAGCAUCUUGUUCAAAUCUUCGAGACAGAGAAAAAUGACGAAAACCGUCGCAAGCGGGAAAAGAUGGAGGCCCAUCUUUUCACCGAGCUCUCGGUAUGGGACUGAAAAAUCAUCAUCCAAACUAUUCUAUCAUCCUAUUGCAGAUUGUGACACCGGAAUUGCUCCAGCUCAAUUCGAACUUCGAGUUGGUAGAGCCUAAAGUGAUAGAAGAACGAGCUCCUCGUGAGAAGUUCAGCAAAUCGAUGCUGAUCCCUGAGUUCUACAAGCAACUGCGCAAACGUCUUUUCUUCGAGCCUCAACUGGUGAACAACUUUUCCUCGAUUUUUAUAUGCGGAAAACUUCCAGAUGCAGGCAAGAAAUGAGGAACUCAAUUUCCGCGUUUGGAAGUUUACCGAAACGCCAGUGAAGCGUAGUGACAUCGACGCCGUAGUCACUCAGUGCCGUCCCAACGUCGUUAGUUAUCAACAAGAAACUCCAGAUCUUAUUCGAGUUUUAGCUGCUCAACAUUCAAGAGGCGGAAAAGACGAUUGAAAGUGUCUUCGAAACGGAUCGCCACAUUGUCUACAUCGAGUACCCUCUUAUGCCAAACAACAACAAGCCGUACGACGAUGCUAGUGAGUCUUCAGAGUAUCUGAAACAUCCAGAGAGAAUGAUUGUUCAGAUGACAUUCUUGUCUUCCUCAAGGCGUACGAUUUCGAUCGUAAGAAGAUCUUCAACCUCGGUCACACCGUCCUCAAGUAUCGCAAGACAAUUUGUGACUAUCACGACCAUUUCUGCAAAAUGGCUGGAUGGUCCACAAAGACUCUGCUUCAUUAUUAUGAGGUUUUGGAAUAAAAAAAUAAGUAACAAACUGAGAUAAUGAUUUACAGGAAGUGACGGUUGACUACAUUCGGUUCAUCGAACAUGAAGAUAUCGCCUUGUGUGCCGAGUCUUGCCUCCACGAGUUCAAAGACGGUUUGAUCAUCAUCAUUGAGGACGGGGAGAAGACCAACUCGAAGGACAACGCCAAGGUAGAUCAUCAAACUUCAAAAGCUAUCAAUAAUCAGAGAAGUAUUCACGAGACAAAAAAAGUUCUGUUUAAGGAUAUGUGAGGUAGAGAAAGGUAAAUUACGAACUAACUCUCGCAUACAGCAUCCAGAAAUCUGUUCUUUUGUGUUUCAAUUCUGGAAUUUUAUAUGUUUUUCUGGAAAUUUCUGCUUCAAUUUAUUUUCAAAAUUAGCUGAUUUGAAUCAAUCAUUUCAGACGUUCCUGCAAAAUGUCUACGACACGAUUCCGGUCGACAUCGAGAUGAACAACGAUGGCGUCAGCAACUUCCAUGAGCCCGCUGAGCAUAUCAUCAGCACCAUCAAACUGGUGAGUAUCAACACUUGAAAAAAAGAAUGAGAACCAAUCGUCAAAUUCCAGACGUGGCCGGUUCGUGCGCUUGCCGACUUCAUUGGUUCCGAGAUCAGAUGUGAUUCUAACAGAAUUAUGAUUUUCCACGGUGGAUACGGGGAUCGUACCAACCAGAGAUAUGUUACUCUGGAACAAUAUCGAGUAAUAGAAUCGAAACAAGUUUCAAUAGAAAACGCCGGAUUUCAGCUUGUUGGUUACACGAUUCGGCAUUUCCUUGAUCUCCAUGGCCAGAACUUCCAUGAUCCUCGCAAGAUGAAGCGGUACAUAUUUCGAAGAUAAUAAAAACAAAUAAUUGACUUUCAGGUACCGCAUCUAUUACGCUCUCCUGCCAUUCAACCUGGAGGAAAUCGAUCGCAGGAAGCAGCUGAAAAUCCAGGCGAUGGAUGAGAGAAUGAACAUCUCAGAGAUGACUGUCUGGCCGGAACGAGGCGGCAGGGUAUUCGAUAAAAAAAAUGAUCAAAGUCAUGAGUUUCCUAUAGGUUUACCACAUCUUGGAGGAGGCUCGUCGGGACUUCCACUUCUCUCACAAUGGAACCGGGAAGUUACGCCUGCUGUACGUCGGCCAGAGCAGUUCUUCCCUCCGAGUUUUCAACCUCUUCAGCGAGGACGCCUCGGCUGAUGAAGUCCAUCAGAAGCUGCUCAACUCUUCUAUGUACACGGUAUGUGUUGAAGAUCAAAGAUAUUAUUGACAGGAAGUCUAAAGUGGGGUUGUUAUUGGCUAAAAUAAGCUUAAGAGAUAACGUUCGUUUCAUCUCAUCGGUUUCAGGUUCGCGUCGAGGAAGUUCCUCGAGACCAGCUGGUUGUUGGACCAAACGAAUACCUGGCUCCAGUGUCUCACUACGACCGCGACCCUAACAAGAUGUUUGGCGUGCCUUUCUUGUUCAAGGUCUGUUUACUCAAAUGAGAAUCGAAAAUAUGAAAAAAAGCGUUUUCAGGUUUCCAACGAGGAGCCUCUGACGUCCGUCCGUGACCGACUUCGCGAAGUUCUCGACGUUCCUGAAAGGGAAUUCGAGAAAUACAAGUUUGCCCUGGUGGCUCAGGCUCGCGUGGUUCGCUACCUGGACAUGAACUCCGACGGUCUGGUCAACCUGGCCGAACUCGGCUAUCAGCCAGGAAGGUCCCCCAUGGUAGCCGUCGCCGCCAUCCCGUACCUCGGACUUGAACAUGUCAACAAGCGAGGCUCCCGAAAUGCUCAUGCCGCCGAGAAGGCUAUUCGUAUCCAUAAUUAG